AUGGCACUGGAACUCGAAGGGCUAAUCGCUCGUGUAUUGCUUAUCAUAUCAUGUGCUGGUGAAGAAGCUCUCCAACUCUCCGACGGUGCUGCCAGUGCCUUCCACAAUGCUCACGAUGUGACACCCGAAAACCCAAGGUUUACGUUCUCGGAUCAUGCAGUCGCCACAGUUUGGAAAUGGCUUGCUCGGCGGACUGAUAUAUCCAUUGGGCCUGAUCGACAAUACAACCGGUUAACAUUCCCAGAGGCGCUGGCGCUGGACAAACUUCAUGAUGGUCACGGCAUUCGAAUUCACGCCUCCCAGGAGACGAUGUGGGAGGCUAUCACUGGACAUGCGGUAGAUUACAAGCGCGUUCCUCGGUCCGAAUGGCUUCUACUUCUUGGCAUCGCUUCGACAAAAGCACGCGGAAUACUGCAAGGUGAUCUUGGCCGCCUGGUCGACCAAGACAAGCGUUCAGUACCGAAGCGAACGGAUGCACUGGUCAAGAAAGGUUAUAUUACCAAGCGUACAACACUUGUAAGGGGAACCAAAACCAGCAAAAUGUGGCUCAAGCUCUUCGCCCCUCCGCUGCCGAAAGAUGGGAGCGCAGCCACAGAGCCGGAGGCGGAGAUGAAUCUUUCUCGCCAGGUCCUAGCCAUCGACCUUGACGCUGUUCCCUGGCACACAAGAUGGACAGGGGAAUCUGUUGAUUAUACGGCUCUCGCAACCACUAUAAUGGCAGUCUGUAAGGAAUGGGGUGUUCUACGCAUGCAAGACCUGAAAGCCAAGUUGGGUGUCCUCGGCAUGCGAUGGCAAAUGAAGGUAGUUUCCAAAGUUUGCCGGUUCUUGAAUGCGCGGGACGCGAUUCGGUACGUGGCAGCGAAGCUGAACAACAAAGUGUUCAAUGACUGCGUCCAGUUCAAUCGUGAUCUCACUGCGAAGGAUUGGUCUAUAUUUCUAGCUACUGGAAAGCGGGCCGGGAAGCCCGCGAGGACAGGCGAAUCCUACAACCAAGAAAGUCACGAUGCUACUGAGUCGUUUAUGGAACCGAUUGCUUCCUCGAAGUGCCUGACCGUCGCGCCGGCAUGGUCAGCUGAUCAACCGUUGGCCAUUGCCAUUACGAAGAAUAUCAUGGCAUGCGGUGAUACCGGGUUGACAAAUCCCGACGUAUAUGGGCUUACGCUAGGUGUAUCUUUCACACGUUUCCUAUCGUCUUUGACAACAUGCCUCUCUACGCCGAAUAUCCAGCCUGUUCAACUGCAGCACCUACAAGUGAUCAGUGAGCACUCUAGAGCUGGGAAAGUUGCGUCGUACAGAUACUCGCUGCCCCCUGUUCCACAGGCUACGGACUGGAUGCUUCAUGUGGAUGCUUUGCCAGCUGGAAUGGAACUGCCCGACGACGAGAACCCGACUGGUAUACGCCCGCCGUAUGGUUUCGACCAGGAAGCAUCCGCUGGGGGCUCAAAGCUGGCUAAUCUUAGCCAAGCUACAUUAUCUCAACGGAAGCAGAGAGGCAGGCCUCGAAAGAUCAGGCCAGAGCAUCAGAGUGAGCGGAAUGAAGACGAUGAAAUGCAACAGACGCCUGAAGCAGAGGUUGCGUCCACGACCGAAGGCCAACCCCAUUCGAAUUCAGUAAUGGUUAAGCUAAAGGUGCCCCGUGAUAUUCUCAAGCAGCUCAUGGAACCCGAGCUAGUAGAAGCGACUACAGAUAUUCAUACAGGCGACAAUCUUCCAGGCGCGACUGCAUCGUCGCCACCUGAUUCGUAUCUGCCCAUAGGGAGCACUCACUCUGCAGGCCGCGGACGAGGACGAGGACGAGGACGGGGACGGGGACGUGGGCGAGGACGUGGGCGAGAUCGGGGUUCUCACCCUUUUGGCGAUGAGGGGCGGCUUAGGACUCCCACCGAUGACGCGACGAAACUCAAGGGAUGGAAAUGCGAUCAAUGUGGUAAGACUUGGAAGAAUGAUAUCGGCCUCAAAUAUCACCUGGAGAAGUCUCAAACUUCAUGUAACCCAUCCUUUAGCCCUGCCAAUAUUGACGGGUCUCGCCGGGAGGCGAGAUCUGCUCUCCGAUCAACCAGCGCAAUUAAGUCAACUGAUGAUGCCCAUGCAGCCCCGGCUCUAGGGACGAGAUCCUCAGGUCGAAAGACAAUGGCUAAAGCCGUUGAAGACAGGCGGGAUAGGGAAAGGAGAGAAAGAGGGCGGGACGAUGAAGAAUCUUCAAUAUCCGAAACAUCGCCAACGGAACACAGAUUCAAUGGUGGUAAAUAUCGGCUGAACACGCCAUCUCCGACUACUCCAAGAGUGAAAGAGAAAGAAAGCUAUGCUUUGAGUCGGUCAUACGUUAAUCAACCAACUCCGGAGCAUAGAAAGGCCUUGAAGCUAUCGUCUGUUCCCCACGAGCAUGUUGGGUCUCUACUGGUUGACAUGAGACAACCGUGUCAAACAUUCGACUUCAAGAAUCGGGACUAUCCUGCCAAUGAGCUCGAAACCUAUCCUUACGCCGCUCUCAAUCCGGACGAAAUCCAAUCACGUCCAACCCCGCCAUUGCCCUUCGAAGAUAUGAGCACUUCAGGAGAUCGGGACGACCAUCGCGAGCCCAUGUAUGAGGCAGCCGGGACGGCGUCUCACACAACAAAGACAGAUACAGGAACCGUAAGCAGCCAGCAACGCCAUGACUCCGGGUUGGGCAACAGAGGAAUGGAAGUCCAAAGCAAAAAAGCCCCCCGAAUCGGGAUCACCGAUCAAAUCUCCACGUUGCUCAUGGAUAUGCUUCGGGAGCGAGAUGGAGUCCUUCCUGGAGGGCAUUCCCUUUGGCACGCUGUCACCACUCUUUGGAACCAACGUUAUCCUGGCAAGCCAGUACCGAAAACAAAGGACUUUCAAUGGGCUUUAAGUCGAAUGCUGAAAGCUAAAUCGGUACUGGAGCAUUGGCAUGGCUUUCAGGAUCAGAGCGGCCUCUUCUCCAAAUGUCAAAUCCUCACGCUGCCACAUCUUGAUGCGUUCUCUGCGGAAACAUUGGCCGUGGUCGACAAAAUCAAACAACGGCACCCUCAGCCCUUCAUACCUUCGCCCUUUCACACUCUCGACAAUGUGGUUGAAUAUGGAGAGAAGAAGGAGAAUCGGCGAGGACGUCGAGUUCUUGCCGGCGAGGUUGCGCAAUUGGACGCUCCGGUCUAUGCAGCUCAAUCUUCAUCUAAAAGGCCUCAUGGAGUUUUGAGUGACACAACUCCAAAUAAGCGAAGGAAAUUUACUCAGGCCAGUACAAAGAGCCCAAGCUGUGCAUCUCUAUCCGCGCCCUCGAAUGACGAGUAUCGAGCAAGAUGGGCUUCAAACAGCUGGCUCUCUGGGAAGAGGAUGGAUCCCCCGAAUGGCAACAAACACAACGAGGUUCACACCACUCACGAAGUCAAGAUACAAUUCCUGGCUCCAAAUUCCUUCCUGGAAGACGACUGGUGUGCUGGCGAUCACGAAGCAUCGCUAGGAACAACACCGUCUUCCAGAUGGACUCGCACGAAUACUCCUCUUCAAGGUUCACCAACCGCUCAAGGAGCAGAAUUCGCCAUGGCGAAUGGUGUGCGACGGAUUUUAGGCCAUCAUGGAAGCUGGCCAUACCUCGGGCUGCCCUUUUUUGAGGAGAAGAGCAGUAACGCCAGCUUCACGCUGUGCGGCUGGAUGCCGGAUCCGAAGUGGUUCUUUUGGGCUGAUAUGGUACAAGACCUUGACAAACGACUUUCCGCAAAUGAAAGUGGAAGGUCAAACGGUGCUGUCAGCGCUGAAGCUGCUUAUGACAGCUUUAUGAAGUGCCUGAUCGACUGUCUCGAUCUGGAGCUGAACCGGGCGGAGCAAUUCACCAGCGCGCUGCCUCUGGCUGCUGGUCCAUAUAACCUAUUUGUCAAUCUUUCGGCCGGAGUAGGAACUAGUAGCUCCCCUCUUGGUAUAGAGUGGCGGCAGCAAGAGCACCUAACCCCUCUGUCAUUUGACAGAAGUGUGUUCACACCAGGAGCCUUGACAUCAAGUGAUGACGAAGAAGAUUCCGAGUUCGGCUCGGAUACAUCUGUCAUGGGAUAUGCAAGGCGCCCUUUGAUUGUUGGCGAAGCUACAAAAUCGAAGGUCAAACGCGUGGCUUUGAUAACCCGCCCACUUACGUCCAUCUCUCAAAAGGGUACGGAUCGAAAGGAGAGUUCAAAAGCGUUAGAGACAGUGGACGGCCAGCCAGUCAGCCAAGAACACCUCCUAGCCGCCUUUGUCAUUGUUCGAGUCUUGCUGGGAGGCGCUGAUAAAGCUAUCGACUGGGGCAUUCUACUUCACAUCUUCCCGAAUGCCCGACUGGCCAGCUUGCGUAAAUUCUGGGCCAUUGCAUGCAAGGAACAGGGCGCGUACAUAAAGAAGUUCACGCGAGAUGUCCAGCAACGGCUGAUUGAGGCCUUUGAAAGCCAGGAACUGCCCAUGAUUGACUUUGAAGACCCAACUGACUACGAUUGGCAGACGCUUAUCAAAUGGGCGUCAGGAUUAUCUCGCCAGGAGGGCUAUCAAAUUCCAGAGACGAGAGAGCUUCUGGCUCACCGUUUUUCACUGGUAACCAGCAAGUCUGGCGAGCAAGACUGGUGUGAGAGAUAUUUCCACGCCCAAUCGUCAAUAUUUUCCCGGUUUGAGGCGGUCACAUCAGAACCCGGAGCAGUCCCCGUUAACCCUGAAUACGAUACCAAUCUCGGCAAAGCAGACGUCGCGAGGUCGUGGAUCAAGUCGCUUUGCUGCACCGGCGAAGCGAAAUACUCGGUGCGGAAAAUCCGGGAAAAGUUUCUAACCCUUUCAAGGGAAGAAGGCACAGGACAAGGCUCUCUGCUACUCAAGCAGGCAAUUGAUCAACUCACGGCCGAGAGAGUCAUCUGCAGGAGCAAGAAGACGCCGCUUGGGGGUCGUCCGUACCGGCUAAGUGAAUGGUAUCUGUCAACGCUCAACAGGGUAGCGCAACGUUCAAAGUAUGAAGAAGCAGCAGCGUUCAAAAUGCAGAUGGAUGCCGUCUUUCGGAAAAGGGAGGCCUUCGAGGUUCCAUAUACGCUGGAUGAUGGUUCUAUGAUGGCCUUGACAAAUUUGAAUGCUGCUGCAAGAAUCAAAAUUGUCCCCAUGGACAUACCGAACAUUCCCCUAGGAUUCGAACCGGGCAACUACGAAAGCCGAAAGUACCCCAAAUCUUACUAUCACUUCCGACUCCAAGCCGUGCCCACAGAGGAGUACCAAUUCAGCGAGGACAUUGCCGUUUUGCAAGCUGUAGUGCAGGAAGGCCUACCCUCUACAACCUCGAAGGGAGAAAUUCCUCAGUGGAUCGACUUUUUCGGGGAGAAGGAUACCAAAAGGUGGUCCGACAUUCUAGGAGCCUUUUGUUUUACUUAUGCCACUAAAGGGCCCAUGGCUGUGAGGGACGUUUGCAACUCUUUGAGGCCCAUCUUGGACGAGUUCGAGGCAGAGCUCAUUAUCGACUGGGGCCUGAAAACCGGCGUCUUCGAAGAGGCCAUGGGCGGAGUAUGUGUAACUGUCGGAGAGUGGUGGUGGCUAGCCGUACCGUGGCAAUACAGCCGAUAA